CAGGCUGAGUGUGAAUCCGAGCAUCGACAUUAACAGCAGCGUUGAGCCACACAGCUGAUCGGAGCCCAGAUCCAGACAGGAGUCUGGACACGAUGUGAAGCAGACAGGCUGUGGCUGCACUGCAAUGGAGGAGCAGACGCUGGACCGGACUGGGUGACUGGAAACCAUUAGCCGCCUGGUGGGGAUCGACGCUGCCGCUGCUGGCUGCAACACACGAGUGGAGGAGCUGACACAGUGGUUUAUACAGCAGAGCUGUGAGAGUGACUGACCCCUCAACACUUCUCCCCUAGGGUUUUACAGUACCAGCCAUGCCGCCCCCUGUUGACAUCGUAAAGGUGGCUAUUGAAUGGCCAGGUGCUAAUGCUCAGCUCAUAGAGAUGGACCAGAAAAGACCUUUGUCCUCAAUAAUACGAGAAGUGUGUGAUGGCUGGUCUUUGUCAGGCGCAGAGCAGUUUGCCCUGCGUUAUGCUGACGGCCCUCAGCUUUAUAUCACUGAGCAGAGUCGUGGUGAAAUCAAAAACGGGACCAUCCUUCGAUUAGCCAUUUCUCCUGGGCGUGCUGCUCGUCAGCUCCUGGAGAGGAUCCAGUCCCACGGCAUCGACGCACGCCUCGAGGCUCUGAAAGAGCUCGCCAAGCUGUCUGCAGAUCCAACCUUUGCCGCAGAGUUCAUCAACAUGGAAGGCAUCGGGACUCUGGCCCGUCUUGUCGAGAGUGGCACCCACUUCGGUGAAAUGCUGGCCUUCACUCUCACUGCCUUUCUGGAGCUAAUGGAUCAUGGCAUUGUGUCCUGGGACCUCAUCUCUCUGUCCUUCAUCAAACAGAUUGCGGGUUAUGUGAACCAGCCAAUGGUGGAUGUGUCCAUCCUUCAGCGUUCUCUGGCGAUCCUGGAGAGCAUGGUCCUCAACAGCCACAGCCUCUACCACCGAGUGGCCCAGGAGAUCACCGUGGGACAGCUCAUCGGGCAUCUGCAAGUGUCGAACCAGGAGAUCCAGACGUACGCCAUCGCUCUCAUCAAUGCUCUUUUCCUGAAGGCACCAGAGGACAGACGACAGGAGGAGUAUACUAACCCACUGGAGCAGCACCUCACUGAAAUGGCGAGCACUUUGGCCCAGAAACACUUGCGAUCCAUCAUCCUCAACCAUGUUAUAAGAGGAAAUCGACCAAUUAAAGCUGAAAUGGCACACCAGUUGUAUGUGCUGCAGGUGUUGACCUUUAACCUCUUGGAAGAGAGAAUGAUGACCAAAAUGGAUCCUAAUGAUCAGACCCAGAGAGAUAUCAUCUUUGAGCUGCGUAGGAUCGCCUUUGAUGGAGAAAAUGACCCCACGGGCACAGAGAAGAGAAAGGCCAUGUACACCAAGGACUACAAGAUGCUGGGUUUUACUAACCAUGUGAACCCAGCGAUGGAUUUCACCCAGACUCCUCCAGGGAUGCUGGCUCUGGACAACAUGCUGUACCUGGCCAAAGUUCACCAGGACACGUACAUCAGGAUUGUCCUGGAGAACAGUAGCCGAGAGGACAAACACGAAUGUCCCUUCGGCCGGUGUGCCAUCGAACUCACUCGAAUGUUGUGCGAGAUCCUCCAGGUUGGAGAGUUACCUAACGAGGGCUGCAACGACUACCACCCAAUGUUCUUUACCCAUGACCGGGCGUGGGAGGAGUUCUUCUGUGUCUGCAUUCAGCUGCUUAAUAAAACCUGGAAGGAGAUGAGGGCCACAGCCGAGGACUUCAACAAGGUGAUGCAGGUGGUGCGUGAGCAGAUCACCAGAGCUCUGGCCAUGAAGCCGUCAUCUUUAGACCAGCUGAAGAAUAAACUGAGAGGCCUCAACUACUCAGAGAUCCUGCGUCUGCGGCAGUCGGAGAGAAUGAGCCAGGAUGACUUCCAGUCUCCACCUAUCAUCGAGCUGCGAGAGAGAAUUCAGCCCGAGAUCUUAGAGCUCAUCAAGCAACAGCGAUUCAACCGGCUGUGUGAGGGAAGCUGCUUCCGUAAGCUGGGGAACCGCCGAAGGCAAGAGAAGUUUUGGUUCUGCAGACUCUCUCUGAAUCACAAAGUGCUGCACUACGGGGACCUGGAUGAGUCGCCUCAGGGUGAGGUGCCUUUUGAACUCCUCAGUGACAAGAUUCCCGUAUCAGAUAUCAAGUCCGUGGUAACUGGGAAAGACUGUCCUCAUAUGAAAGAAAAAAGUGCUCUCAAACAAAACAAGGAGGUGCUGGAGUUGGCCUUCUCUGUCCUCUACGAUCCCGAUGAGACGCUCAACUUUGUUGCACCAAACAAGUAUGAGUACUGCAUUUGGACCGACGGCCUGUGUGCGCUGCUGGGCAGAGAGAUGGGCAGCGACCUCACGCGCAGUGACCUGGAUACUCUCAUCAGCAUGGAAAUGAAGCUCCGCCUCCUCGACCUUGAGAACAUCACAAUCCCGGAAGCCCCUCCCCCUGUCCCGAAGGAGCCUAGCUCGUACAACUUCACCUACAACUACAGCUGAGAUGUGUGUGUGUGUGUGUGCGUGGGAGUGUGGGCGCGAGUGUGCAUUUUCGCUGCAUGUGUUUGUUUGUUCAGGAUGAGGAUACUUGCUCUGUUGACGAGUUUACCUGCAAGUAUUUCCCCCAGAAAAGGCUACUUUUGAAUAUUACUUUUCACAUCAUCGGAGCCUUCGGUUCGUCUCUGUGUUCUUAAUGCCGUAUGGUUCAUAUAGAAGAAAUGUGUUUAUAGCUUCAGAGGGAGGUCAGAGGUCAUGGUUCUUUUACAGAGAAGUUCUCCUGGAGCUGGUAGAGAUUUAGUGAUUGGAUCUUAUUUAUCAGUUUAACACUCUGUUCCUCAUUGUGCUGCUUUCUGAUGGUUGAGCAAGAAAAAUCAAAGAAACAAAUGUAUCAGAGAAGAAGGGAAAGAAGCAGUGAAGGUGAAAGGAUAAUCUGCUCUGCACAGUUUGUUACUAUUAUAAUCUAAAUAAUUCUGUGACAGAACCGUGUUGGACUACUUAUGAUUAUUUGAAUGAUUCACUGAUAUACAGAUUAAUGUAUCUUAUACAGAUUGAUGUAUCGUUUUCUCUAUAAAAUUUAGAAACCUUUAAUCAAACAGAAAAAUGUAUUAAUAAUCUAAUGAUAGAUUGAAUCUAAAAAAUCAUGGGAAAAUGUGAAUCACUUUCCCCACAGCCCAAUUUGAAAAUAAUGAGAGUACUUGUUUUGUUUCAAAGCCCAAAGAUCUUCAGUGCGCUGUAAUGAAAUCUAAAGAAAACCAACAGAGUCAUAUUUAAGAAGCUGAAAAACUAUAAACUAACUAUAUUUCUAACACUUUAAAUGUACCAUUAAAAAUAAUCAUUAUAAAUGAUGCUGAUGCUUGCUCUCGUCGUUAUAGUUUGACUGUAAAGUACAUUUUAGGCUAUAGAACAGAUUUGACUCACUGCACUAAUACGAUGUGUGGAGAGGUCCAGCAACUUGUCUCUGUAGUUUUUAAUGAUAAGUGCUGUAGGGGAAAAGAACAGGAGAUGCUCAGGAGAGGGCAAGUUAGGCUCUUUGGGUUUUCACUGAAAACUUGUCCCAAGGCUGUUAAUGGGUCAUGGAGAAAGUCGGGAGGGUUCAUUUUGUUUAGUAACUUUACAGUUAUUUCACACAUUGGCAAGAAAAAACAACUAAUACAUGUAACUGCUUCACAUUCUUAUCAAGAGAUCUUUUAAUUGUCUCCUAAUCCACUGAUCAGUUAACUGACUAAUACAUAUUCACUUUAAACUAAAUACAGUAACUGUCGUUUGUUUACUCAUUCAUGCUGCCUCACUUUGUUUUACUCACUUUUCUGCUCCGAGUAUUAAAACUUUUUUGUAGUCAUUUUCAAUAAAAUGUCAAUAUAUCCCACUGAAAUGAAACUAUCCAAGUAGGUGAAGACUCAUGAAGAUGCUCUUGCUUAUCACACGUGUGUAUGUUUUGUAUUUAUGUGUAUGUGUGUGGAUUAUGAGAUUUUGUGUCUUUUGUGUUAAGAGAUGUAACAAAACUUUCAUGAUAAAAGUCAGGAUCAAAGCUCUGACAUCCAACACAUAAGAACCUUUCUUUUCCAAUCAUAGUCACUGCAUUGCCUUAUCAAACACUCACUAAAUAUUUUGCGCAUCAUUAGCAUUCAUAAGCAGUAUAUGAAUGGUUUACUGUAAUACACAAAAUCACACAAUAUAAUGCAGUUGUAGCCAAUAGCAGGAGAGUAUUAAGCAUUUAUAAAUGUUUUUAUUAACAACUUUAACUUUUCUUUUGAACAUUUAUUGAUAUACAUAUAUUAACA